AAAUUCACAGUUACCCAGCUAACGCAAUUACCAGUUCCUUUUAUUAGAUACAACAGUAAUACUAGUUGAACGUUAACGUGAAAUUAACGAGUGAGCAGGUAGCAAGCUAACGCCUUGCUUGAUAAUCCAAACGCUUCAAGAAGGCCUAAAACCGCAUCAUAUCCUGGGUAGUGGGUGGACAGGUUCAGGUGUCAUUUCUGGACCAUAGUGACCUGUCCUUUUUAAUUUAACCGUGUUUCCUAACACCGUUGUAUAAUAUAUUCGUUACAUAUUGUCAGUCGAAGUGAAGUCAACUUAUUCCACCAGUGGCAACUUUAGCUGGAACACUCAAGAGAAUGCCAGCUCCGAUUAGAUUGCGGGAGCUGAUCCGGACUAUCCGGACAGCAAGGACCCAGGCAGAGGAGCGUGAAAUGAUCCAGAAAGAAUGUGCUGCUAUCCGUUCAUCUUUUAGAGAAGAAGACAAUACAUAUCGUUGCAGAAAUGUGGCAAAACUCCUUUAUAUGCACAUGUUGGGCUACCCGGCGCACUUUGGGCAGCUCGAGUGCCUGAAGUUGAUUGCGUCCCAGAAGUUUACUGACAAGCGAAUAGGUUAUUUAGGAGCUAUGCUGCUGUUGGACGAGAGGCAGGACGUCCACCUAUUAAUGACAAAUUGCAUUAAAAAUGACUUGAAUCACAGCACACAGUAUGUCCAGGGACUGGCUCUGUGCACUUUGGGCUGCAUGGGCUCCUCAGAAAUGUGCCGUGACCUGGCGGGGGAAGUUGAGAAGCUACUUAAAACAUCCAACUCUUACUUGAGGAAAAAGGCGGCGUUGUGUGCAGUUCACGUCAUCAGAAAGGUUCCAGAACUCAUGGAGAUGUUCCUUCCAGCCACAAAAAACCUGCUGAGUGAGAAAAACCAUGGUGUUCUCCAUACAUCUGUUGUCCUUCUUACUGAGAUGUGUGAGAGAAGUCCUGACAUGCUGUCUCACUUCAGAAAGCUGGUUCCACAAUUGGUGAGAAUCCUGAAGAACCUAAUCAUGUCCGGAUACUCUCCUGAGCAUGAUGUGUCAGGCAUUAGUGAUCCUUUCCUGCAGGUGAGGAUAUUGAGACUACUGCGAAUUUUAGGCAGGAGCGAUGAUGACUCCAGUGAAGCAAUGAAUGACAUUCUUGCACAGGUUGCAACAAACACAGAGACAAGUAAAAAUGUAGGGAACGCAAUCCUCUACGAGACUGUGUUGACGAUCAUGGACAUCAAGUCUGAAAGUGGACUGAGGGUUUUGGCCAUUAACAUAUUAGGUCGGUUCCUCCUCAACAAUGACAAAAAUAUAAGAUAUGUGGCAUUGACAUCCCUACUAAAGACGGUACAGACAGAUCACAAUGCGGUGCAGAGGCAUCGAAGUACCAUUGUGGAUUGUUUAAAAGACCUUGAUGUGUCCAUCAAGAGACGUGCAAUGGAACUGAGCUUUGCCCUGGUGAACGGCAACAACAUUAGAGGCAUGAUGAAAGAGCUGCUCUACUUCCUGGACUCUUGUGACCCAGAAUUCAAAGCCGACUGUGCAUCAGGAGUCUUUCUUGCAGCAGAAAAGUAUGCUCCUUCGAAAAGAUGGCACAUAGACACCAUAAUGAGAGUUCUGACAACAGCAGGUAGCUACGUGCGCGAUGAUUCUGUUCCCAACCUCAUUCAGCUCAUCACCAACAGUGUAGAGAUGCACGCCUACACCGUACAGAGACUUUACAAAGCCCUUCUGGAUGACAUCUCGCAGCAACCUCUUGUACAAGUGGCAUCCUGGUGCAUAGGGGAGUAUGGAGAUCUGCUGGUAUCUGGACAGUGUGAAGAAGAGGAACCCAUCCAGGUGACUGAAGAUGAAGUUCUGGAUGUCUUGGAAGGCCUUCUAGUAUCCAAUCUGUCCACCCCUGUGACUCGGGGCUAUGCUCUUACUGCCAUCAUGAAGCUAUCAACUCGCUUCAGUGGUGUCAACCGAAUCAAGAAGGUGGUUUCAAUAUACGGCAGUAGCAUUGAUGUGGAGCUGCAACAGAGAGCUGUGGAGUACAACGCACUUUUCAAGAAAUAUGACCACAUGAGGCCUGCACUCCUCGAGAGAAUGCCUAUUAUGGAGAAAACAGCCACUAAUGGCCCCACAGAGAUUGUGCAGACUAAUGGAGAGACAGAACCCUCUGUUGGGGAGCCCAAACAUCCACCCCCUGUUAGUCAGCCAACCAACCAGGCAAAUGAUUUGCUAGACCUCCUGGGUGGUAAUGAUGUGGUGCCUGUAAUCCAGACAAGUGUGCCCCCCAAGCCUGCAUCAGCAGGAGGAGAGCUGCUGGAUCUGCUUGGUGACAUCUCACUAAGUGGUGGUCCUGCCCCUGCUCCCUCUGCACCUGCCUCCCAACCCCCUUUUCUCCUGGAUAGCCUCUCCUCACAGCCCCUCUUUAAUGACAUUGCAGCUGCAGGUAUCCCUCCUAUGACUGCCUACAACAAGAACGGUCUCAAAAUAGACUUUGCAUUUGAGAGGGCAAACCCAAACCCCAACAUUGCGGUCAUCACCAUCCAUGCUUCCAACUCUACAGAGGCAGACAUGACAGACUUUGUUUUUCAGGCUGCAGUACCAAAGACAUUCCAGCUGCAGCUCCUGUCCCCCAGUAGUAAUGUCGUCCAAGCACUCAACCAGGGAACUGUCACACAGGUCAUCAGAGUUCUUAACCCACAAAAGCAACAGCUCCGGAUGAGGAUCAAGCUGACGUACACUCACAAAGGCUCACCUGUGCAAGACCUGGCUGAGGUCAAUAACUUUCCCCCUCAGUCGUGGCAGUGAUGAUCUGCUUCAUUUGCUCACGAAAGCCCCUCCAAGGGGGACUAUGAAAAUGAUUUUUCUUUUGCCUUGCCACCCCUUCCCCCCCAAACGGACCCACCCAAAAGACUCACUAAAAUCUGCUGCCCUCCAGUUGCAGCAGAGCGUCUUUAAGAAAGGAAAAAACAAGUACAGCUGAAGAGCUGUUGCUAGGCUAAGUGGGAUUACCUAUCAAUCAGUGAACUCUUUCUUAAUUUGUGUCUCUUUUGUUAGUCGUGCUAACUUUCCUUUUCACUCAUCGCACAUCAUUCCCCCGCCCUCUAUGAACACACUAGCAAAUGUGGAAUGGCUAAUAAUACAAUUUAAUCAGUUAAUAUUUAUGAUUUCUCUGAGCCUUUUAAAGACCUUUACAAUGCAGUCCCUAACUACUUGUCAGGUAAUUUACUUCAUUGACCCCCUUAUCAUGUUUGGAAGAGCAUACUUGGUUCUUUGCAUCACAAUCGCACUUUGACCGACCUACCAGAAGAUCCUCGAUGGCACAUUGGUGUGAAAUGGUUAGACUUGCGCGAGUGGUGUUGCAUUUAAUUCAGGCCUGAAAUCAGUCUCAAAUAUGUGAUGCAUUUACAACUUUCACUGCAUAGAUUUCCUUACAGUUUGUAUUGCUUGUAAGGAUGCCUACUCAGGCCUUGUGGAUGUGAUUCGGUUUUUAGUAAAGUCAGGUCAGAAUCCUGGUCGGUCAGUCAGAAUUCUGACACACUCAAAUGUUUUUUUCAUGUGGCUGUAAUGCUCUUCUAUAAGCUUGUCACUGGGACACAUUUGUUUUAGCUGGUUGCACAAACAUGUAAAUGAAGCCUGUUAUGAAUGUAGUUACAUGCACUGAAUGCCAAUCUCCAUCUUCGCCCCUUUUUGUUUCCAUAGCUGAUGAGACAGUCAUCACGUUGGCACUGUUUCUGUGAAAGUAUGUUUGGUUUCUGCAGUAAAUCGACUUGAUUAUUUAUGCCUGAUAUCAAAGUUGACGUGCCUUUCUGACUUCGCUAGAGAAAACGCUCACCCUGAGCUUUGUAUGUUAGCCUGUUUGUAUGAGGGGAAAAUGAUCACGAUAUAUUGGAAAUUAUCAUCUCUCACACCUUUUUUAUUUAAAGCGCUUUUAGGUUUCUUUUGGUGGAGGGUUCAGAGUAUGUCACCUUCAAUCAUGUCUUGCGCAUUCUUUUGAAAUGCAAAUGACAGCGACCUGAUCACAGUUGUUCUCAAAUAAUGUUGCUGAGCUUCAUUUUUGCCUGAAAGGCCCAAAAACGAAGCAAAUCGUUCAAAAUCGAUGGCAGCUAAUAGAUGUAACCUUUUUCAUAGGAUGGCAUCAAGCGUUGUCAAAUGAAGUAAAAACUGAAGUGGAGUAUGGAGAUCCACUACUAUCCCUCUCUUUAAAAUGAUGAUUGAGUGAGGUACUGGGACGGGGGUUUGGGGUUUUUAGUGUGAUCAAUCUUGGCUCUGGUUUUCUGUGAAUCACAGCUCUGACCCCUGCUGUUGGGGAGGCUAACAUUAAUACCUCACAAUGUUUUCUUCUUUGAGUGGCUGGCCUGGUUGAAGUCCCUCUGUUGCAAUCUGAGAGGGGGUUCGGCUGCAUGAAAGACGCUAACAGUAGUUAUUAGUUGACCACCUUAGCGGCCCCCACGAUGCUUUGAUAUUCAAUCACUAUGCUUCAGUAUCUAACUCCUGUGACCAAAAUCAGAGAGACUAUUCGCUUUGGAAAUAUUUUUCAGCUACAAUAUGUGUAUAUGGAAAAAAAUAAUUUCACUUUGAUCUUUUUUCUGUUGUUGACAAAUGCUAUAUUAGCUUUUUUCUGUACAUAUCGAGGGCUUUUACAAAUGUUUUGUCUCUUGUACUAUCUUUCAUCCUUUUUUUAGAUCCCAUUUUCUAAACCAGUACUUCACUAUGUAUAUUAUCUAAAUAGUCCUAGUAGUCAACAUCAGGCCUCCCUGUAUCACCACUCAUCCAUUGUAAAAGGUAUAUGAUCUGCUACCUGUACAUUGUAUAUAAUUGUAAAACAAACAAAGGCUGAUCCAGUUAAAUAAAAAAAACAGAUGAAGACUUAAACAGAUUAGCGAGGAAAAUGUAAUUGUAUGCAUAUAUGUACAAAAGGAAGAUUCUUAAAACGGAUGCAAUUGCAUUUGAUUUACUAGUCUUCAUACUGUGUCUCAUGACUGGAUGUGUCAUCUUUUUACAAAGAUAUCUGGAGAAGCUUCUUGUCUAGAGUUUGCUUUGACCAGCGUGAAUGAUGACGUGCACUACUGAGAAACCACAAAGCUGCACCUUGUUGCGUCAGCUUCCCUGCCCUUCAAAUGUCGGCUCUCCUGCCUUCCUUUUUGGCCUUAUACGUCUGCUCCCCCUCUUUUGCGCCUCUAAAUUCCUCUCCCUCCUUACCUUUUUUACGAGACUUUUAUUUCUCUUUAAUGCAAUACCUUCCUUCCACUUUUAUUCUAAAGAUGUUCAUACUCCCCAAAUAAUUAGGAGGCUAUGAGCCACCAUUGGAAAAAGUGGCAGGAGAAAGACAGUUAGUGGCCGCAAGGGGGAGCUGUGCAAAAAAAAGUUGAGGGUAUGAAGGAGAGUUCCUUGUCCAGAAUGUUUUGUUUUUGUUGGUGUUUGUCUUGUCUUUUUCAACCAGUGUGUAGUCGGUGACAUUUGAUCAGUUUUCGAGCGGCGGUGCAAGUCCAUAACGACAAAAUGCUAACAUGAACCCAACAUAAGUGCUUUGGACACAUGAAGAAAAAUGAGGGGCACAAAAAGCAUCAGCGCAAUAGUCAGAGUUUGAAUGUGUGUGUUAGAGCGAGAGAGUAAUGAUGCCUGAGAGUGACUGUGUGUGUUUGUUUGUGUGUGUGUGUGUGUGAUGUCUUCACAUGAUUUUUUGGGGCUGUAAAUGUCAACUUUCAGCUUGUGAGCUGCAUGUGAAAGCCAGUGUAAAUAAUGUCAUUUCUACUUUACUUGAUUUUUUGUUCUGGAAAAUGCAAGAAUGUCUCAGCCCCGUCAUGUGGGGUACUGAUGUGUACAAUAGGACUUUGUUCAGCCCUAGGGGUCACAAUAUAGAUUAAAGUUGGUGAUGAAUGAAGUGCACACAUUUGAAUCAGUAAUUUUGUUUUCAGUUACCGGUGUGUCCACUAGCCCCUCAAAAUGAAAUUUCCUGAAUUUUCCAAUCCAAACUCUUGAUUUUUCCCCCCCACAUUGGACUCAAUCAUAUAGUGUGGCUUCAGGCUCAGUGUGUAUGUCAGACUGAAAGUAUGAUACAUGAAUAAAAAUGACAAGUUGUAAUCUAUUAAAUGGGAUAUUUUCAAUUUUA